AUGCCUCAUACCAAUUUCACAGAAGAAAUUCCCUUCAAAGAAUUUACUGCUAUCGAAACGCUAAACCUGCCAGAAUUUGGUAUUUUUAAAACAGCUACUUUGAAAUGGUCCAAUAAAACCCAAACAAUGGCCUUGAUUCGUACCGAAAAUAAUACAAAUAAUCCUCAAAAGUUUGCUGCCGAUGGAAAUUUGAGAGAUUAUUUAGUUCGCAAUAAAAUUAGUCGGAAAACAAAAUUAAAAAUGGCGAAAGGUAUAGCUAAAGGAUUGGAAUAUUUACAUAAAAAAGGAAUAGUUCAUGAAAACUUGAUGCAAAGAGCGAUUAGAGAGUACAAUGUAAUAGGGGAAAAGAAAUCGAAACGUGCAAAAGGAACUAGCUCACUUCUCAAUAAGAGAUCUAACUACCUAACGCUAUUAGAUCUUUUUAUAUUAGCGAUUAAUGACCUUUAUUAA